GCGAGGCACGAAGCCAACUCCACUUCAACUUCCACCAAAUUGAUCGAAUCGAUGCGCCGGCCCCGCGAUUCGCGUGCAGUUAGUCGAAUUUUUGACGGUCGAGUGACAAGGUGCGUCGCGCGUCUCAAACUCCAAAAAAAAAACCUAAAAAGCAAAUAAGAUUCACAAGCCGUCGCGCCUCUGAACUGAGUAAUCGGUCAAUAUCCGCGGAAUAAGCCCACUGUGCAUACUAAAAAAAAACUCCAGCGGAAAGUGUUGUGCUCAAGUGCUCAAAGGAUCCAGUUGUUGCCAACUUUGUGGAUAGCCGGCGUUCACUGGGCGAAUCCAGUGCUGAAAGAUUGAGAUUUUCACUGUUCACCUCAACUCAACACAACUCAACUCGGCUGAGCUCAGCUCGGUUCGGUUUUGGAUCAUCGGAUCGGUUCUGGCCCGGCCUGGAUGCCGUCCGAUUUCGUGGAAGCCGUAAAAAGUCUUCGGGGAGUGGGCCGCCAGCAUCCACAAUCCAGCGUCCAUCUGUUCGCCGAGUCAAGAGUCUCAAAGAGUCUGAAACUGAGCAUCCUAAUAGCCCGGCGACCACGACGACAUCCAUCAAAGCGUUUUUAUGACGUUCUUGCUUGAAAUUUGAUUAAAAUUCAGCGAUUAACUAAGCAGCAGCAACGGGACGAAAGACAAAAAACAAGAAACAAAACAGCCAUCAGCAAAUAAACCAAAAUACUUUACGGAGGCUAAGCGACUGCGAGCGACUACCGAUCGAAUCGGAUCGUAUCGUAUCGAAUCACUUUCGGAUUGGUUUGGAUUGGUUUGCUUUGGAUUGGAUUGCUUUGGAUUGAAUUGAAUUGUUGUGUUGAUCACAUUUCAGCCAUGCCGCAUACAGGUCAAGCCGGUGUCAACCAAUUGGGUGGCGUUUUUGUUAAUGGCCGCCCUUUGCCGGACUGCGUUCGUCGCCGGAUCGUGGAUUUGGCUUUGUGCGGAGUGAGGCCCUGUGAUAUAUCCCGCCAACUUCUGGUCUCCCACGGCUGUGUUUCCAAGAUACUGACUCGUUUCUAUGAGACGGGCUCCAUUCGUCCGGGUUCGAUUGGCGGCAGCAAGACCAAGCAAGUGGCCACGCCCACCGUGGUGAAGAAGAUUAUCCGGCUGAAGGAGGAGAACAGCGGCAUGUUCGCGUGGGAGAUUCGCGAGCAGCUGCAGCAGCAGCGCGUCUGCGAUCCCAGCUCGGUGCCCUCGAUCAGCUCCAUCAACCGGAUUCUGCGGAACAGUGGUCUGUGGACGGACGAGAUGACCUCCAGUCAGCAAAAUGCGGCAGCAGCGGCGGCGGCAGCGGCUGCGGUUCAUCAAGCGGGUGGCAGCGGUCCAUCGAACGGGUAUGGCGGCCCCCAUUCGGCUCCUCCUCCUCCGACGACGGUGACCGUGGCCCCGCCCACUCCGGCAGCCACGCCCUCCGCCGCACGCUAUGCGAAACCGCCGGCGUUGAUGAUGAUGAGCUCCGUCGGCGAGUUGCCCAUUAAACCCGCUCCCAAAAUGCCGCCCAGCAUGGGGCAACAUGGCCACAAUCACAAUCACAAUCACGGCCUAAACCCAAAUGUUUCUGGCCUGGAUCUAAGUUACUCCGCACUGCACAAGCACUGGCUGUGGAAUCCCUCCCUGCUGUACUACACCCAAGCCCACAUUCAGGCCCAGGCUCAGGCGGCCUCGGGUGGACAUCAGUUCCUGCCCUAUGCCGGCGGCUAUUUGCCCCAUGCCAUGGCAGCGGCGGCAGCAUCCUCCACAUCUUCGGCCCUGGGUGGCUUCACCAAGUCGGAGAGCUCCAUUGAUCUAUCGACUCCUGGAGCCGCUGGCGAUGCCCUUAGCGAUUGCGAUUCCGGCAAAUCCUCGCCAGCGGCACUCUCACUAACUAACGCUUCUUCUGGCGGCGGCGGAAAUGGUGCCGCAUCCGCUCCAGAGACUUCACCGGGAUCGGGGCUAAGCCACAGUCGCAAGCGGAACCCGUACUCCAUCGAGGAACUGCUUAAGAAGCCGGAGAAGCGUCUUCGACUUGAAAGCAAUCGUCUGGAGUGCCUCGAGUCCAGCAGUUCCUGCGAAAGCAGCCAGGACAGUCCAACCCCUCUUCCUCUGGAAGUCCCGGAGGACGAGGAUCCCGUCGAGGGAGAGGAGGAGCAGGAGGAGGAGGAGGACUGCAGCGUGGAGGUGGUUAACUGAAUCCACUGUCCCAGUUCUGAUCUGUGUAUAUAUAGCAACAUAGUUUAAUCGUACACGCCCCUUGUAACCAAUACUAUUUCAAUCAAAUUAGGAAUUGGAAUUAGUGGAAAUUCACAUAUCACAAUCCCAACUUCCAAUCUUCCCUCCAAAACUGGAUCUCUGAUAAAAUGAACAAUUUGCUGGGUUGUAAUACCUUGCUAAAAUAUGUUACAUUUCAAAUGAUAGAUUUUGGUUUUGGUGAAAAGGAGCGAUAAUAUUAUAUAAAUAUUUAAAUAAACAUCCCA